CAGGGAAAAACAAGAAUUCUUUGUCCUCAGGCUACACAUCAUCUAUCUUUAAACACACAAAAUCCUCAAAGAUGAGUGCAAAGAGAAGAGCCACCAUAAAACGUGAAGAGGAGGAACCCUGACAAAGGCCAAAGAUUAUCUUCUGCAGCGUCUUUGGAUCGUUUCUUCCUGAGAAUGAAGUAAUGAAGAGAACUGAAAACAACCAAGUUAUGUCAUCAUUAUGUAGAUUCUUCAGUGAUUCAGGUAAGUUAUUCAUGAAGUACAGUUUAGUGCUGAACAGCAGACAGAUGUGUUAAGAUACAAACUGAAAAAAGGUUUAUAGAAAAACGGCCGUCCAGCUAAGUGUUAACAGGGACAAACUCCAUGUCUCCAAUGAUGCUGAAGAAUGAUCAUUCUUCACGUCCACUCUGGGUGGCUCCAGAUGGUCACAUUUUUCUGGAAGCCUUUUCACCCGUGUACAAGUAUGCCCAGGAUUUUUUGGUGGCAAUUGCAGAGCCGGUGUGCAGACCCAACCACAUUCAUGAGUACAAGCUGACCGCUUAUUCCUUGUACGCAGCCGUCAGUGUUGGGUUGCAAACUUCAGACAUUGUGGAAUACCUGCAGAAACUCAGCAAGACAUCUGUUCCUGAAGGAAUUGUUCAGUUUAUUAAGCUCUGUACAGUGAGCUAUGGCAAAGUGAAACUGGUGCUCAAGCACAAUAGGUACUUUGUUGAGAGUACAUUUCCAGACGUGAUCCAGCAUCUUCUGCAGGACCGUGUGGUCCGUGAGUGUCGUCUACGUACUGCAGAUGGAUCGGAUGCUGAUCUUAUUACUGGUGUUAUCCACAGCAAGCCAGCGAUUGCAAAGUCUUUCCAAGACCAGGGAAGACCUGAGCAGUCUGGUAAUGGACAAGUGUCAACAUCACAGAUUCCAGAGGACAUAUUCAGAUAUUAUGAACAGAUGGACAAGGAAGAAGAGGAAGAGGAGGAGACUCAGACAGUGUCCUUUGAGAUUUGCCAGGAAAUGAUUGAAGAACUACAGAAGCGUUGUAUCCACAUGGAGUAUCCCCUCCUAGCAGAGUACGACUUUCGUAAUGAUACAGUCAACCCAGACAUCAACAUAGACCUGAAGCCCACUGCCGUGUUACGGCCCUAUCAGGAGAAAAGCCUGCGCAAAAUGUUUGGGAAUGGACGCGCUCGCUCUGGGGUCAUCGUGCUGCCCUGUGGAGCGGGCAAAUCUCUGGUGGGUGUGACGGCUGCAUGUACCGUGCGUAAGCGGUGCUUAGUGCUAGGUAACUCCUCGGUGUCUGUGGAACAGUGGAAGUCCCAGUUCAAAAUGUGGUCUACUAUUGAUGACUCUCAGAUCUGCCGUUUCACCUCUGAUGCCAAGGACAAACCCAUAGGCUGCUCUGUAGCAAUCAGCACCUACUCAAUGCUGGGUCACACCACCAAGCGCUCCUGGGAGGCCGAACGGGUCAUGGAGUGGAUGCGUAGUCAGGAGUGGGGACUCAUGAUCCUGGAUGAGGUCCACACAAUUCCUGCCAAGAUGUUCCGUCGUGUUUUGACCAUCGUCCAGGCUCAUUGCAAACUGGGACUUACUGCCACACUGGUGAGGGAAGAUGACAAGAUUGUGGACCUCAACUUCCUAAUUGGGCCUAAGUUGUAUGAGGCCAAUUGGAUGGAGUUGCAGAAUAAUGGCUACAUUGCCAAAGUGCAGUGUGCAGAGGUGUGGUGUCCAAUGUCGCCAGAGUUUUACAGAGAGUAUGUGGCCAUUAAGACAAAGAAACGCAUCCUGCUUUAUACGAUGAAUCCUAAUAAGUUCCGUGCUUGCCAGUUUCUCAUUCGUUUCCAUGAACGGCGCAAUGACAAGAUAAUUGUCUUUGCUGAUAAUGUCUUUGCAUUGAAAGAAUAUGCCAUACGCCUUAACAAGCCGUACAUCUAUGGUCCCACCUCCCAGGGGGAACGCAUGCAUAUCUUACAGAACUUCAAACAUAACCCCAAGAUCAACACUAUUUUCAUCUCCAAGGUUGGCGACACUUCGUUUGACUUACCAGAAGCCAAUGUUCUCAUUCAAAUAUCUUCUCAUGGUGGAUCUCGCAGACAGGAGGCCCAGAGGCUGGGCAGAGUGCUACGAGCCAAAAAAGGUAUGGUGGCAGAGGAGUACAAUGCCUACUUUUAUUCAUUGGUCUCCCAGGACACCCAGGAGAUGGCGUACUCCACCAAGCGGCAGAGGUUCCUGGUGGACCAGGGUUACAGCUUUAAGGUUAUCACAAAGAUGGCGGGUAUGGAGGAAGAGGACUUGAUGUUCUCAACUCAAGAUGAGCAGCAUCAGCUGCUCCAAAAGGUCCUUGCUGCUUCAGACUUGGAUGCUGAGGACGAAGUGGUGGCAGGGGAGGUGGGCGCACGGCCACAGUUCUCAAGGCGAACGGGCACCAUGAGCUCCAUGUCAGGUGCAGAUAAUACAGUGUACAUGGAAUAUCAGAGUCGAAGCAGCAAAGCUUCAACAUCAAGCAAGGCCAUCCAUCCUCUCUUCAAACGCUUCCGAAAGUAGAUGCUCUGAUGCAAAUCCUCGAGAGAUGCUGGACAAAGUGAAGGAGCAUUAAUGCAUGCUGAGGCUGAUACCUAACCUAUCAUUAGAAGACUCUGGUACUCCAGCUGGUCUGGAGAAACCCCAAA